CCUCCGGGAGCUCUUCCCUCUCGUCCAGGUCUGCGUGGAAUUCCGAGCCGCGCGGUCCGUAGGCAAUCCGGGAUGUCUAGGCCGCGCUGAGCGGUGGCCGUCUGCGCUUCUGCUCGUUCGAGGCCGAGUCCCAGGGGCUUGGACCCGGGAGCCGAGGCGAGACCGCGCACCGCCUAUGGACUCACCGGGAGACCCCGAAGGCCCACGCCCCCCAGGAGGUGAUGGCACUCCAGGAGUUGCAAUGGAGACAUCCAGGCGGCUUUCAAGAGAACAGAUUUUUGUACUGAUAUCAGCAGCUUCCAUUAACUUAGGUUCCAUGAUGUGCUAUUCUAUCCUUGGACCCUUUUUCCCCAAGGAGGCUGAAAAGAAAGGAGCCAGCAAUACAGUUAUUGGUAUGAUCUUUGGAUGUUAUGCUUUGUUUGACUUUCUGGCAUCUUUGGUAUUUGGAAAAUAUCUUGUACAUAUUGGAGCAAAAUUUAUGUUUGUAGCAGGAAUGUUUGUCUCAGGAGCAGUUACAGUUCUCUUUGGUCUCUUGGACCAAGUUCCAGAAGGACCAGUGUUUAUUGCUAUGUGUUUUCUACUGAGAAUAACUGAUGCAGUAAGUUUCGAGGCAGCAAUAACUGCGUCUUCUUCUAUCCUUGCAAAGGCUUUUCCAAACAAUGUGGCUACAGUAUUGGGAAGUCUUGAGACUUUCUCUGGCCUGGGGCUCGUGCUGGGGCCUCCUCUGGGUGGCUUUUUGUACCAGUCCUUUGGAUAUGAGGUGCCUUUCAUUUUUCUGGGAUGCAUAGUUCUGCUGAUGGUUCCCCUCAACAUGUGUAUUUUACCCAAUUAUGAGUCUGAUAAAGGGAAACACUCAUUUUGGAAACUCAUCGCUUUACCCAAGGUUGCCUUUUUAUCCUUUGUCAUCACCUCCUUCAGCUCCUGUUUUGGCUUCCUUGAUCCUACACUGUCCCUCUUUGUUUUGGAGAAGUUUAAUUUACCAGCUGGAUAUGUGGGAUUGGUAUUCCUGGGUUUGGCACUGUUCUAUGCCAUUUCUUCACCACUGGUGGGCCUGCUCAGUGAUAAAAUGCCACACCUGAGGAAAUGGCUUCUGGUUUUCGGAAACUUAACCUUAGCAGGUUGCUACAUGGUCUUAGGACCUGCCCCAUUCUUUCACAUUAAGAGUCAGCUCUGGUUGCUGGUGCUGAUAUUGGUCAUAAAUGGUAUCUCUGCUGGAAUGAGCUUAAUUCCAAUUUUCCCAGAGAUUCUCACUUGUGCACACAGAGGUCCAUACAAGGACACAGAGUGACCAGGUGAAAUGAUUUUAGCUCCAAUUCCAACGUGUGCGUUUUCCCCCCUCACACCACCAAGCACUUCUCUGAAACCAGGUGAGUGUCCUGCAGUUCAGUUAAUUCUGAAACCAUUUAGAUGGAGAUGGCAGCAGGUCCCCCAGGUUAAGGGCUCAGUCCCACAAGACCACUCUCUGCUUCAGAAGCCAAUUUCAAGUGCGGGUUGUUACCUGUGCUUCUGACCCACUGGCUGUAAAUUGGCAGUUCCCAUGACUUGGAUUUGGUUAAUUUACUGGAGUAACUCAUAGAUCUCAGGAAACCAGUUCACUCGUCAACAGUCAGAUGACAAGAUACCAAGGGCAGUGAGGUCCCAGCAAUGGGGCCUCUCUCCGGGCCCAGCACUGGGGCACGAGGAAGCAUUCUGGCUUCCCAAGCUGGGAGCAUUCUGAACUCAGUCCCUUUGGAUGUUUAUGAAAGCUUUAUUACGUAGGCAUGGCUGAUUAAAUCAUCGGCCAAUUGGCAAUUGAUUUAAUCUCUAGCCCCAUUCCCAUCCCUAUGGGGAAGGGGUUUGCGGGGCUGAAAUUUCCAACCCUCUAAUCCAUAUUGAUUCUCCGUGCAACGUGGGUGCUGGUCCCAAAAUCAUCUCAUCAAUACAACAAAAGACACUUUUUUUAAAAUGGCUUUCAUCUUUUAAGAAAUUCCACAAAUUUUAGGAGCUCUGUGCCAGGAAUGGGGAAGAAGACCAAAUGUAUCUUUUUAUUGUGAAGUACUACACCACACCAGGCAUUUGUCACUUGGCCGUCAGUCUUUAGUAGAUGUGAUGAUGAAGAACACAAGUGAACUUGAGCAGGAAAAUAACUGUUGGUUCUGAUGUGCCAAUUCAACAGUCCUCAUAGGAAUUAGGAGCUGCUUCUGUACUUUCUGAAAGUUGCCCAUUGUUCUCUUUACAUGUUCGUUUCAUUUUAAGAUUUCUUAAUUGUAUACUUUAACAUGUAAUGCAAGUGGGUCAGGAUUCUUAAUAUUGUAUCCUAUAUAUAUACAGUAGAAGCAUUUCUAGAAAACCCUGGAGUAGUCAUAACUAGGAGAAUAGCUUCAAAUUAGGUUAACUUUUUU